UAUUCCCCGUUUUGUCGUUUGCGGUCGGUCACACUGGUUGCAAUAAGAAUUGAAAAAACCGCAUUAAAAAAACUCUGGAAAAAAGUGCACAUAUUUGGCUUUAAAAUAUUGUUAAAUAUUAGUAUAAACAAAAUAAUAGUAAUUAAGUUGUGAAGCAAAGCCGCUUUUACUAUAAAACAACAAAGGCAAGCAGAAUACAAGUGGGAUUACCUCUCAAUGGCCGCCACUACAACAACAACAACAACAACACUAGCAACAACCACCGGCAAUAGCAAUAGCACUAACAACAACAACAUUAUCAUUAGCAGCAACAACAACAACAACAACAAUAAUAAUAAUAAUAAUAGCAACAACAUCAACAACAACAACAACAAUCACAUUGUAACGGUACACACCGUACUAAACACACCCACCAGCAUUGCAGGUGCUGCUGUUAACGUUAACGUCGACGCAGCAACUGUUGCCAUAGCCAAGGAUAUGCUGCAGUUGCAUCAUGGCUCGGCAUCUGCGUUGAAUAACAACAACAAUAACAACAGUCCUGAAUUGGCCGCUAGCAACAACAACAAUAACAGCAGCAGCAGCAGUAGCAAUAACAAUAAUAAUAACAACUCAGUAAACCACCCACCUUCCACAUCCUCCACCAACACCAACACCGCCUCCUCCUCCUCCGUAUCAUCUGCAUCUGCGGAAUCGGGUCCUCCCUAUGGCGAAUUACGGUUCAAUCAGGAAGUGCUCCCCAUUACGGACGCGAUUACCGUCAUUGGACGGAAUUCAUCCACAUCGCUGGUGCACUUCAAUGUGGCCGAAAACAAUUUGGUCUCACGGAAACAUUUCCAGGUGCUCUACAAUCUGGAGCAGCGGGCAUUCUAUGUCCAGUGUCUCAGCAAGAAUGGAAUUUUCGUAGAUGAUUUUCUGCAGCGUCGCAAUGCGGAUAAUCUGCGUCUGCCGCAACGUUGUUAUUUCCGCUUUCCCAGCACGGAAAUUCGUAUUGAGUUCGAGAGUUAUGUACCCGGACCUGGGAAUUACACAACGGAUGCAGCAUCUGUCGGUGCCGCUAUUGGCACAUCACCAGCGGCAGUAAAUGCGGGAAUGGGUGUUGGUGCUGGUGGUGGCCAUGUCAUCAUUACACCGCCGCCGCGUGAUGAGAUGCAGCAACAGCAGCAUCUUCAUCAUCAUCCUAGCCAUCACAGUCAGACGCAGCAUCAGCAGCUGUCACAGCAGCAGCAACAACAACAGCAGCAACAGCAACAACAACAGCAGCAGCAACAUCAACAGCAUCAGCCAGCGCAUCACCUGCAACAUCAGCAGCCAUCUCAUCAUCCACUUCCUCACACACCGCACCCGCUUCAUCAUCAAACAACAGCAACAGCAGCAGCUCUGCAACAUCAACUGCAACCGCAACAACAACAGCGUGGCGGCGGACUGCCUGGAGCGCCGCCUGGCCUUGGUGUGGGGAAUGCGGCUGCCCAUCUCCUGCCUGUCGGUGAUGGAGCCGUUGCCGGCAUCUAUUCACCCCUCAAAAUCUCCAUACCCAAGAAAGAGCAGAAGAGCCCCUAUUUGUCACCAACUGGUACAAUAAGCGCUGCCAACAGUUGUCCGGCUAGUCCACGCCAGGGAUUUCAUCAGAAUCAGCCCAAUAACUAUAAUAAUUACAGUAACAACAAUACGCAGGAUCUGUUCCAAACACCCUCCACAGCCAGUUACAAUCAUAAUGAGAAGCCACCGUAUAGCUAUGCUCAACUGAUUGUCCAAGCCAUAUCCGCCGCACCAGACAAGCAAUUGACCCUUUCGGGCAUUUAUUCAUUCAUUGUCAAACAUUAUCCAUAUUAUCGCAAGGAGACCAAUAAGGGCUGGCAGAAUUCCAUACGACAUAAUCUCAGUUUAAAUAGGUAUUUCAUAAAGGUGGCCCGCUCGCAGGAUGAACCCGGCAAAGGCUCGUUCUGGCGCAUCGAUCCCGAUAGCGGGGCCAAACUGAUCGAUCACAGUUACAAAAAGAGGCGGCAACGUAGCAGCCAGGGUUUCCGACCGCCCUAUGGUAUGCCACGUUCGGCACCUGUCUCGCCGAGUCACAUGGAUAACUCACGCGAGAGCUCACCGCUACAAGAUAUUGUGUUACAAUCGGCACCUGGAUCACCAGGCAUGUCGCUAGAGCAGCGUGCGGCUGAUGCUGAAAUCAUCUACAACUCACAGAAUGCACACCAGCAGCAACAGCAACAUCAGCAGCAGCAACAACAACAACAGCAGCAGCAGCAACAGGCGCAAACGCUGGCCAAUAAUUCCAAUCAAUAUAGUGGCGGCAGUCCUUAUUAUGUAACCAAUCAAAAUUCAACUGUAUCUGUUCAGCAAGCGCAUGUGGAAAGCAGUGGAGCAAGUGGAGGAGGAGGAGGCAGUGGUGGUAGCGGUGUGGGUGCAUUAAUUGCUCUUAAACGGAAUCAUGUAAUGGCCGCACCACAUCCGGCUACAGUAACGCUUCACCAGCAGCAACAACAACAGCAGCAGCAACAACAUCCUGAGAUUAUUUAUGAAGAGUUGCCAACCGAUUACAGUGGUCACAUUGAGGCAGCCAGUGAGGAGGAAUGCGUCACAACUGCCGAUGCUGGAGGUGGUGGAGGAGCUUCUGCCGCUGCUGUUGCUGCGGCCAAAAGACCUAAAUAUGUAUCCGAGGUGCUCUGAUGCGUGCGCAUACAAAAGCAGAAGCAACCCAAAGGCAAAUAAUAGCCAGAGAAACGGCUGUGGCGCCCGCAGAGAGGAAAAUAAUAAACUUACAGAAAGGAAAACAAACAACAAAAAACACACACA